UUUUGGGAAGAUCGUAGGAGAAAAUUAAAGAUAUUUUGAGCACAAAAAAGCUCGCAAAAAAGGGGAUUUUUUGUGAAACGAUCGGUAUAGAAUGGGUGCAGUACUUGGAGCGGCCAGUUGCUGUUCUUUGGCGUCUUGUGCAGCUCCCGCUGCAUGUUGCUGUGGUCCUUCUGCAUGUUUUUGCUGCUGUUCUCGUUGUCCGUCAUGCAAGAACUCAACUUCCACAAGAAUUGUCUACAGCUUCUUCCUCUUUCUGGGAAGUAUUAUAUCCGGCCUCAUGUUGUCGUCUGGUAUCAAGGAAAAGUUGACAGACAUUCCAUAUUUCUGUUCCACAUUCGACAGUAAACAUGACUGUGGCAACUUUGUUGGCUACCUUGCAGUGUAUCGGGUGUGUUUUGGCAUGGCGGCUUUCUUUUUCCUUCUAACACUGAUCAUGUUUAAAGUUCAAACAAGUAAAGAUGGCAGAGCUAAAUUUCAAAAUGGCUUUUGGAUUGUGAAAAUCCUUCUCUAUGUUGGAUUAAUAACUGCUGCAUUUUUCAUACCAAAUGGAGAUUUUGGCAAAGCCUGGAUGUACAUUGGAAUGUUUGGUGGUUUCUUGUUUAUUCUAAUUCAACUGAUAUUGUUAAUUGAUUUUGCUUACAAAUGGAAUCAGUCUUGGAUGGAAAAAUGGGAAGUCAAUGGACAAAAGAAGUAUAUAUAUGGUCUUGCGGUGGCUACUGGUGUAAUGUAUUUGAUAUCGCUUGUUGGAUUUAUAUGUCUAUUUAUAUUCUACACAAAGUCUUCUGGUUGCCAACUAAACAAGUUUUUCCUAAGUUUUAACUUGUGUUUGUCAGUAGCUGUUUCUGUGACAGCAAUUCUACCCAAGGUUCAGGAAGGUCAACCAAAUUCAGGACUUCUACAAGCCGCAAUCAUUACUCUCUACACAACAUACCUAACUUGGUCCGCUAUUUCCAAUAAUCCCGAUGAAGAAUGUAACACGGGCAUAUCGUCUGGUUUUCAGAGCCAUUCUGUGAUUGCAGCCAUCCUCAUGUUUAUCAUGGUCGUAUAUUCUUGUCUGCGCACGAGCAGCUCGUCUCGUCUUGGUGGAAUCGGCAUGACCAAAAGCGCUCAAAUGGAGGAAGUACUCUUGCCAGAUUAUGGAGAAGAGGGUGUUGAGGCGAAAAACGACGACGAUGCUGAAGAAGGCAAACCAAAACAUCAGAACGUUCAUGACGAUGAAACACUUGGUGUGGCUUAUAACUAUUCUUUCUUUCAUUUCACGUUUCUCUUGGCUUCUCUAUACAUCAUGAUGGUCCUCACCAACUGGUACAGCCCAGAGCAUUCAAACUUCGACACAUUGAACAGCAACAUGGCGUCGGUGUGGGUGAAGAUUAUUUCAAGUUGGUGUUGUCUUGGGUUGUACUUAUGGUCCCUAAUCGCACCAAUAGUCAUCCCUGGCCGGGAUUUCUCAUAAAACACAAGGACAUUGAACGAAUUGACACUAAUAGACACAUAAUGGCUGUAUGCUAUAUAAGGUUUCAUAUGUAUUUAAAAACAAGCAAGUAUAAAGCGAUAAACUGCUGGUAUUGUAUGUAAAUUCAGAUUCUAGUUGAAACUAAUCAAAGAUACUGCAUAUUAUAAAAUCUCUCAAAGGCACGUUUGAGGUACUAACUGCAUGGUACUUUAGUCAGUGGUGGAUUCAUACCAGGGGACACAAAGAAGUGUGUCCCUCUCUAGGUGUGAUCAACAAGGGUUAAAUUCAGUGAUGUACCUAAUUGUGAGCAGGAUAUAUCAUAUUUCAUGCACUUGGAGCUCACCUUGGUCUAAAAUUCUGCUGAAACACUACUGACUUAAGUCUUUGCAAUGUAUUAAGGCAUGUCUUAUAACUGCACGUAUAUGUAUAUAGGAGAUGUACACAAUACAUCCAUAAAAUAAUACUUCACUAUACUAACACACUAUACUAACGUAUAUUAAUCCGAGGUGUAAUAAAUGUUGACAUUGGCAAAGAAAAACUGUGUUCGAUAUGAUCUGGGGCUAUUUUAACCUGAGAUGGCUGAACUUUCCUGACACAAACACCAAGAAUUUGCACCUGAAAAUAAUGCGAACAGAAAAUAUCUGGACCGACCUAGUACUGGGCGCCAUUGCAGUAUUACUUUGCAAUGAAAAU